CGUAGGAAAGAGGCUCAAGCCCUUUUGCUGGUGUUUCCUCAAGUAUCCUUUAAGCCCGCUUUCUCCUUCUUCUUCUUCUUCUUCUUCUUCUUGUCACCCUCCCUCCCCGAGUGUUUUCCGCGCCUCCCUCUCCCUCGUCUCCGAGUUCUGCGUGCACACGAGCAGCCGCCUCCGCCUCUUCGCAGGUCGCACAGGGUGUGGAAGUUGCUCCCCAGUCACGUGUCCAAUGGCCCUGCUGGUGUGUCGAGGAACUGGGCGGGCGGGCUGUUUCGAGAGUCAGCCAAGCGGAGCCGCUCCCAGAAGCGAAACUUCGGUCGGCUGUUACAAACAAUCGGUGAUGGCCGCAACCCAAGUGGUGGAGAAGCAGACGCCAUGUUGAGAGGGCACCCAGGAGAGGGGAGCACCCGCCGCGCCGCCUGAGCUUUGUGUAAUAAAGAAAAGAAAAGAGCUGCCUAUUCCUUACUUGGAGCAGUUUGAUUGCUGAGCUUGAUGGGAUGGUUUGAUGUCUUAUCUACUGCAGUGCAACCCGUGAACGUGUGGGGCUUGGAUAUCCUGCCGCCGAACAUCUCUUGUGCCUUCAUAGAGCUUCUCUGUGUACAUAAGAAUAGAAAACAAAGUCUAUUUGCUAAGAUCAAAGUGGAAAGAAGAUCCUGUGAUUAGAAACAAACCUCAUGAUGUGGCUUUCCUGUUUAGAGAACAAAAAUAAUUUAAAAGGACAGUGGCCUGCAGUGACUGUUCGCAAAGUGCCAGCUGCCAUCCUUCACCAGAUUGAGCAGGAAUUAGACAUGGAUGAAAAGGAAACCAUGGUCUUCUUGUGCCGAGAUCUUGUUCCUGACCUAUCUGCACCAGAUGUUAGGAAGAUCUUCGUGGCUUUGAACGAGAGGGAGGAACUGACAGACACCAGCUUGGCCGAGCUGUUAUACAGACUAAAAAGAUUUGACUUGCUAAGAAAGUUUCUGGGGAUUGGGAGAGCUGCCGUAGAAGCCAGUUUGUCCAGGUGCCCUCAGAUGGUAUCAAAUUACAGAGUGCUGCUGACAGAAAUCAAUGAGGAUCUGGAUAAAGAUGACCUGGAUGCUCUUGUUUUCCUUCUGAUGGGUGACCGUGAAAUGUCCUAUGCGAAGAUGGCAAAAGACAAGAAUUUCCUGGCAAUUAUAACGGAUCUUGAGAAGUUAGACCUGGUAUCACCAGAUCAGCUGGAUUUUUUAGAAAAUUGCUUGCGGAACAUUCACAGGAAAGACUUGGCAAAGAAAAUCCAAAAAUACCAACGAGAAGCUCCAGUGCACACCAUUGGCACUCCGGCUCUUUAUGCAAAUGCACUCCAAGUGCUUCCUAAGCUGACUCUAGUGGACCCUCCAGGGAUUGUGAGCAAAGGGAGACUGCUGAAUGGACCAUAUGCUACCAAUGCAGAACAAGUCCAGAUAUCCAUACCUGAAACAGGAAGAGCCCUAGCUCAGAAAUCUUUGCAGGUUUCUGAUCAGUACAGGAUGCAGAGCCGGCCUGUAGGAAUAUGCCUGAUUAUAGACUGCAUUGGCAAUGAUACAGGCACGCUGGUAGACACCUUUAAUACGCUGCAUUUUGAAGUUCAUUGUCGGCCAUUCCUCAAUGCAGAUUCAAUGAUGCAUGAGUUGUAUACAGUAGCAGGACUGAAUGAACAUAAAGACUAUGACUGCUUUGUUUGUAUACUGAUCAGCCGAGGGGAUCAUCAGAGCAUCUUCUGCACAGACCACGUCGUUCCUGGAUUUCCUCUGGAGAAUGUUAAGAGGUUUUUUACUGGUGACACAUGUCCUGGUCUCUUAGGAAAACCAAAGCUCUUCUUCAUCCAAAAUUAUGUUGAGUCAGGAAAUCAGCAAGAGAACGCCAGCCUGUUAGAGGCAGAUGGAAAUCUGUGUACUAUCCCCCAAGUAGCGGACAUUCUCUGGAGCCAGGCUAUGUUGGAUGCAUCGACUCUUGACAGAUCACCAGACGCAUCCUCCUACUAUCUGUCCGCUCUAACAGAGCUCUUGAUUGAUCCACACAAAAGGGGGCUUCCUCUCCUGGACGUUCUUGUGGAGCUGAACAACAGAAUUUAUGAGUGGAACAGGACUAACACCACAAAACAAUAUAAACUCCUGUUGAAGCACACUCUGAGGAAAAAGCUCUUCCUCUCACCACGGUGAAAUGUAAACCUCAUUGGUAGAUCGGGGAUAUAUGAAGUCCUGCUUCAGGAUGUGUCUUGUAGUGAGGUUUCAAGAGUUAUUCACCAUAUUUUUUUAAAGUUCCUCCAACACUACAGACCUGUCAGUAUUCAGACUAUUCAUUUUCACACUUCAAAUAGAUGCUGGGCUAAAAGAAAUGGCUGACAAAUAUAUAUUCCUUCAGCAGGUUAGUGUAGUGGGUUAUAGAUUUAACUGAUUAACUGUAUUGUUUUUAAACUUGCCUCUUAAGAUUUUUGUCAGCCUUUCUCUAAAAUAAGUAUAUUUCUUUUACCCCCUUUCCCUGACUGGGUGAGUGCAAGGUCAAGGGAAAAAGUCUUAUGAUGCCACAGAUCUGUCUGACAACGUGGACAGACCCAAGCAGUAAGGGAGCAGCUGUGGCUAAGGACAGGAAGUCAAGUGCCACUGCUUGGCCAGGAGGGCCUUCUGGUUGAAGCAUAACUUGGAAAGGAGCUUGGCAAAACAGGGACACAUCUUGGCCUUGAUAAUGGGAAUGCUUGGUUUUGUAAUUUUGGUGUGCAUAGGCUUUGAAGUCCCACAACCUACAAAUGGGAAUUGCAGGUGUAUAGUUCCAAACCAGCCACUGAUGUUUGGCACCUCCCUUGGAAUUUGAAUCCACUCCUACACCAUCAUUUGGGCCCACUCAAGAUUUGCAGGAGGGGUUUUGUCUUGGAGUUAUUCCUUCAGUGGGCAACUCUUGCUCUCCUACUAGGCAAUUUCAGUCUCCACUGAUUUAUUGUGGUGUGGAACCAAAUCUUCAAAAACUUCAAAGGAGCACAAGUUCACUUUUUACCAGAUGUGUACAGGUGGCUAAUAUGCUUCUAGUAGCAUAUGUAUAUUAUUGGGACACUGCGAACAGGAGGCUCACUGCUUUGGCUUCAUGACAGACUAAAUAAGCUCUCUUAGGUGUGUAGCAAGGGAAAAAGAAAGAAUUCUGUUCUGAGUAAAGUUUAUCUGUUGUAGCAAGAAAGAUGUAUGUGUUGUGGCAAGUUAUAGAGGAAAGGAGCUACUAAUCGAGUCAUGAUUAAGGUUGAUUCAGAUCAUCGUUUCUGUUGUGAUUGUUGUUGUUUUGGCAAUAACUCAGAGAUGUCAACUUUCCUAACAUUUGUAUGUGGUGUUCUUUGUUUUGUUGUCCUUUUUCUUCCAACUUCUACAAAAGGCAGACAUUUCAUAUUCAUAAAUCUAUAUAUCUUCCUGGUA